AAAAGUAAAUCGUGUAUCGGAACGUGCCCAUACCAGCCAGUUACUAUCUUUCGUUUUACAUCUUUCUUUCCGUUUUGCUAAUAUUGUUCACGACAUCACGAAAUAGAAAUGAUAGCGCGUCAAAACUUGUUGUUGUAGUGUUUCAAGAUCUUUGUGUGGUUUUAUAACAAAAUUCGUGUAAUCUACCCAAAUUAGAGAACAAUCAGUCACCAUGUCGAACUUUCAGGGUAUGCUGGCAAUUAAAAGGGAGGUUCUUAUUGCAGGAAAAUAUAGGAUUAUUAGGAGAAUCGGUGGUGGUUCAUUCGGUGAUAUUUAUCUGGGAAUAAACACCGCUAAUGGCGAGGAGGUAGCAGUGAAAAUAGAAAACAUUAAGGCAAGGCACCCUCAGCUUCUAUAUGAGAGCCGAGUAUAUAAAAUGCUCCAAGGGGGCAUUGGAAUACCACAUAUAAGAUGGUAUGGAUACGAAAAGGACCACAACAUCCUCGUGAUGGAUCUGCUGGGGCCUUCUCUCGAAGAUCUCUUCAACUUCUGCUCGCGACAGUUCACCAUCAAGACUGUUCUCAUGUUAGCCGAUCAAAUGCUGGGCCGCGUUGAGUUCAUUCACUGCAAGUGUUUCAUCCACCGCGACAUAAAGCCGGACAACUUCCUAAUGGGUAUCGGCCGGCACUGCAACAAGCUCUAUAUGAUUGACUUCGGACUCGCCAAGAAGUUCCGUGAUCUCCGCACCCGCGCCCACAUAUCCUACCGCGAGGAUAAGAAUUUGACUGGCACGGCGCGCUACGCGUCCAUCAACGCUCACCUCGGCAUCGAGCAGUCGCGGCGGGACGACAUGGAAUCGCUCGGAUACGUACUUAUGUACUUUAACAGGGGCUCUUUGCCAUGGCAGGGACUGAAAGCUAUAACAAAGAAGCAGAAAUACGAGAGAAUUAGCGAGAAGAAGAUGUCGACGCCCGUCGAAGUGCUAUGCAAGGGCUUCCCGGCUGAGUUUGCGAUGUAUUUAAAUUACUGCCGCGGGCUUACAUUCGACGAGGCGCCAGACUACAUGUAUCUCAGACAGCUGUUCCGCAUCCUUUUCCGCACGAUGAACUACCAGUACGACUACACGUUCGACUGGACGAUCCUGCGGCAGCGCAAGCAGACCAUGGAGGCGGGCGCAGCCGCCGCCGACCGCCGCUCGCCCUCCGUGCAGCGCCGCGCGCAGCAGCCGCCGCAGCCGCCGCCCAACAACGAGUGAAAACGAGUGAGGCGUUCGGCGGCUACGAGCGGUCCGGCGAGAAAGAGAACGCGAUAGCAUCCGAAAGCGCCCCACGUGUGUGUUUGUGUGUCGCCGGCCGCGCUUGCUGCACACUAAUCACUUGAACCAGAUUAAGCCUAAAAUAAACCAAUAAACACUAACCCAGAAACUCUAGAAAUACGGAUUUUCAGUCUAAAUUCCAGAAAGGUUGACUUAGGACUCGAGUGCAUGAAAGUUUCGGUUUUAUUAAACUCAAAUCGAGGAAAUUUUAUAAUCUUGAAGUUUUAAUUUCACGGGAACAUGAGAAUUGUGACUUCUAAAGUAGACAGUUAUGCCUAUAGUCAAGGUGCCCUUGGUUUGCUUUACGUUCUCAAGUUUAGGGUAUUAAAUAAAACGAAAUAAUUACUUUUACUUGCAUAAUUACAACCAAAUAUUAACGUUAAAAUCGUAAAAUACCUAAUUUUUACGCCUUAAAGUGACGAAAUCGAGUUUUGCAUUUUCAAGUAAAAGUCCAUAGCCUGAGCUCCUGUAAGCAUUCAAGAUUUUUCAUACUAAUAAAAAUGCGAAAGUUUGGAUGGAUCGUUAGAGUUUGUAGCCUAAACUGCUGAACAGAUUUCGAUGGAAGUCUGGAAAAACACACAGGCUAAUCAUUUUUGUUUUAUUUAAUUCCACGCGCACAGAGUCGCGGGCGAAAGCUAGUAAGUUUUUUUUUGUUACGUUGGACCACGGGCCCCGAAUCAAUGGGUACCGUAGCAUUUGCUUCUCUUACUAUGCUAUUACGGCAAUAUUGCAGGUUUUCGACUAUUGUAUGGAUGUUUUGUAUGGAUCGCUAGUAAAUUGGUUGACCAUAUAUUUCUAACAAAGGUUUUCUAAACGGUUAGUCAGUUUUAGGAAGUUAUUGUGAUUUUGGUAACGAUAUAUACAAAAUAAUUGAAAUACAAUUUAUAUACUCGUAAAGGGAUGUGUUUUUGGUUGUUUUUGGCUCAAUUUGAUUCAGUGCAGUGAUGCUGAUGCAGGCGUCGAACGCUAUUAUGAAAUAUAAACCUUAUUUCUAACAGAGGCCUUUUAAGUUAACGAUCUAAAAAUUAUAUUAAAUAAUUUUUAUAAUUAAAAAAAAAUUGCAACUAAUUCAGUGUAUUUCCUACACAGAAAUGUUUUUUUUAUUAUAAUUUUAAAGUGUGCGUCGAUGGACUGCUAUAUUUUAUAUAAAUAUAAAAAAAAUGUAUAAGAACAGUUGUCUAAAUGCGACGGACAAAUUGGUUCUUAGUUAAUGUAGUAACCUGAAUUAACUUAGGUUUUUUUUUUCUUCUAAGUACUCGAUGUUAGUUUUCCUAAUUAGCUAGUGUUACAAAAACUUUAUUAAAUUAGUAUUUUAGCGGUUUUUACUUGGCAUGUGUUGCCAAAUGUAAUAAUAUCCGUUUUUAGAAGCGAAUUAUUGGCUAAAAAGUAAUAAAUGUUCAUUAAAAUUAUCGAUUAACUAAUAAUAGGUUUCUGUAAUGCGAGGAUGAAAAAAAAAUAUGGAAAAACUAAAAAAAAAAUAAGUUAGUCAUAAGCGACCAGUUUUGCUACCGAUUGGCAAAACAUUUUUUUCGGCCGAUCGACUAAAUUGUACAUAGACCCGGCCGAUCGGUUUGCAAUUUGGUAAUAUUUUGUAUUUACGUUUAUUUCGAAGUUUUACGGCAAAUUGUAAAUAUCAGACGGUGUUCACUUCAGUGUUUUUUUAAUGAACACGUAGUUUUAAGGUGAAUCGCGGCACCCGCCACCCUUCCAUUACCCUUCCCGUUCCCCUACCCUGCACGAUUACAUUAGCGAUAUUUUUGUAUGACCGAUACAGUAAGUACGAAGGUAAUCGUUAUAUUAAGACGGGUGUCGCAAGAAAUUUAAAAUAAUGUGUGAUUGAGUGGAAAGGGGACAAGCAUUUAUUACGACCAAAAUACUGCACUCUGAGAUUACUGACAUCUACACUAAUCCUUAAUGUAGGUUACCGGACUAAUGUAUGAGGUCAGAAAAGAUUUUUAAUAAAAUAAAAUUUCAGUACAUUUUAACCAAGUGUAUCCUAAAUUAUAUAAAGGUCCAAAUAAAUAUGAAUUUGCGGUUAAAUGCGACGAAUGUAAAGACAAUGCAUUCACAAAUACUGUUUUAACUUAUGAUUUUGAUGGUUUGGUUUGCUUGUACCAAAGAUUUUUAUUUAAAAAUAUAAACUGAAAAUGCUCCAAUUUGACUUUACAGCUAUCAGCUCUCUGUUCAUGAUAUACUUGAAAAAUAGAAUUCUUAAUUUCUACGCAUUUUUCUCCUUCCAUACUAUAUCACUGCCAUCUCUAAACCUUCGCAAUUUUCAUUUAAAAAACGCGCCAUUUUUGACAGCUGUCAUUGCAACUAGUGAUGUGAAUCGAUUUAUCGAAAACGCAAAAAAUCUGAUUAUUACAUUAAAGCUUCAAACAAGAUAGUGGUAUAAGGGUCCAAGUAUUAUUGAAUACUCAGUCCUUUUAAGUUGAGUCGCUGUGCGAAAGUAUGAAUUUAUAAAGAACUAAAUAGUAUAGAAAAAAUAUCUAUAACUGGUACGAAUGAAAAAGAAGCAAAGUCCCAAGACCGUUUAUAAUUAAAACAUCAAUUCUGAAAUCAUAGACUGACAUAUUUCAAUGAGGUUUUUUUUACCGCAAGUAUAAGAGCCUGUCCCACCAAAUUGUAAAUUAACAAUCCAACGUAAAAUAUGUGAUGGAAAUGUCGGAUUUUGUUACCUUAUCUGAUAGUGACGUCAUUUCAAGCUAUCUGAGCCUCUAUCAGCCAGUGUUGGGACAGGCCCUAAAUCUAGUAAAAUAAAGCAAGCACUGAAAUCGACCAAAUCUUUCAUUUCGCCUUGUGAUAUAAUGGAUCUCAAUAUUCCUUGCAAGAGAUGAAGUUUUCAAAAUAUAUCAAAUACAAUCUUGUCCCCGAUCGAGUAAAUGUGCUGCACUUAAUAAUAAAAUAAUAAAUGUAAUUGUAAAAUA